UGGUGGUGAACCAAGAGGUCGUGAUAAUGAAUUAAGAGAUCAUGGUAGUGGAUUGAGAGGUCAUGGUGGUGGAUCAGAAGGACAUGGUAGUGGUUAUGGUGGUGGAUCAGGAGGACGUGAUAGAAGUCGUAAUGGUAGAUUAGAAGGACGUGGUAGAGAUCGUGGUGGUGGAUCAA